GGAGUCACCACAACCAGCAUCAAACGCUCUCAACAAAUAAACCAACAAAAUGACACUAACAGUCUUCCCCCCUUCGACACCAACACCAUCCACCAAAUCACCGAUAUCACCCGCCUCCGCAAACACCAUCGCCCACGAUGCCGAUUCGACACUCCUAACGAUAACCCGCCUUUUUGCGCGCCUGGAAUAUAACCUUCUCAGCAGUACUGCGGAUCUGAGGCCGUUGGUACGAGAUGAGUUUCAGCGGAUGAGGGUGCAGGCUAACAUUGACUACGCGCGCACGGCUCUGAAUACAUUCGAAAAGUCGCUUUCUGGUGUGAAACGUGUUGAUCGGCGGUAUGAGAUUCAGACGGAGGUUGGGAGGAAGAGGCAGACACUGAGGGCGUUGGAGGGUGUGUUGGAGGAGGUUACUGCGCAGGCGGAGGCGCAAGCAAAUCGCGACGAUGAUAUCGAGGAAGAAGAGUACGAGGGGGAAGGGGAAUUGGUGGAUAUAGGUGACAAUGAGGGUGUUGAGAAUGCGCCAGAGACCGCGACGAAGGAUGCGCAACCGCCAUCACCACCGGAACAAGAGCAAGAGGAGGAAGAGACAAGUCGCGGCGACUCUACGAUAACCAAUCCGCCCACGUCGACCCUCCGGAGCCGCAAUCUUCAGCACCAGCACCCAACAGCGACAUCGACUUCUUACCAAACCCAUGACCAACCCCAGCCAACAUCACCGCCGCAACCAGACCGUGCCCAAGCGCAAUCAACAGAACAAUCUCUCUCCACCUCCCGCCUCGAACAUGAAUCCCUCACUGAAUCCCUCCUCUCCCUCGCUACGCAACUGAAGUCCUCCUCCACAUCCUUCCACACCUCGCUCGAAUCUGAGAAAUCCAUGCUGGAUCGCGCUGUAGAUGGGCUCGAUACUACAACGACGAAUAUGGGUGCGGCUGAGAAGCGGAUGGGGACGCUGAGGAGGAUGACGGAGGGCAAGGGGUGGUGGGGACGGAUGAUGCUGUAUGCGUGGAUUCUGGGGUUGUGGCUGGUUGCUAUCUUGAUUGUGUUCUUGGGGCCGAAGUUGCGGUUCUAGAACUUGGAGCGGUUAUUUAUCCUACUAUGUAAUACUGGAAUGUGGAUUAUAUGUACGGAGUACUAGACUACAGAUGCAUUAUUCUACAAUCUCAAACGCUUGCUUUACUAUGACCCAAAGACCGACCGGCAUGACACAUGAGAAGAGGCAUGAUGCGUACUUUGUCGUUCCCGUGCCCAUUGCCCUAUGGCCGUCGUUCUCAAUAGGGAAAAGAAAAGAAGGGAACACGAGAUAAAAGGAAAUGAUGCGUGACAUAAUGAGUUAUACACAAGAUUUGAUGACGAGGGCAGGAUAUCCAGCUUUCAAAUCAGACAGACACAUAAAAGGAAAUACCGGCAGAAUGAGGGUUUGAGGUAACCAAAUCAAAAAGGGAAUCAAGAAAAAGGAAAAAUUUUCACCAAAAAAAAAAAAAAAAAAAAAAAAAAAAAAAAAAAAA